AUGUACCGCAACUAUGUACCAGGUGGAUUUGGCUACGUCCGUGCUGGCCUCAAGGUCUCGAAAUUCUACCAAAAGGUCGAGUUCAAGCCGUCGACUCAGAUCCUGCCCCAGGGAUGGGUCAGAGAACCAGGCCGUCGCCCUUUGAAAGAGGCUAUGACAUGGGAGAAGGACGUCGCCAUUCCUCUUCGCGAUGGUGUCAGGAUUCGUGCCGACAUUUUUCGUCCCGCGAAACUAGAGGGACAGAAGCUGCCUGCUCUGCUUCCUUGGUCCCCGUACGGCAAGACAGGUUCAGGUCACCAUCAAACCACCAAUUUCAAGUGGCUUGGGGUGCCUAAAAGCUCUUUGAGUGGCCUGGAGAAAUUUGAGGCCCCAGAUCCGGCAGAGUGGUGCCCGAGAGGUUAUGUUCUGGUGCAGCCGGAUGCGCGGGGCUGCUUCAACUCCGAGGGUGACAUCGCUGUGUUUGGAACCCAGGAAGGGCGUGAUGGGUUCAUUGCCGCAGAGCAGCCUCCUCACUUGAAAGCAAUUGCUCCAUGGGAAGGCUUAGGUGACUUCUACCGGGAAAGCAUAUGCAGGGGCGGGAUACCGAACUUCGAGUUUUGGGAUCUCCUCAUGCAGGAAUUCAACAGCCUCAAUAAGCGAGAAGACGUCGUCGCCAUGAUCAAAAAGUAUCCUCUGAUGAACGAAUACUGGGAAGAUAAAAAGCCAAAGCUGCAGAACAUCGAGAUCCCAAUGCUUCGGAUUCAUCCCACCCAAGAGUGGUUUGAUCUUUAUCAACCGGAGACCAACGACGACCUCCAAAGAUUCUUGGAUCAUUACCUCCUGGCGAAGGACAAUGGGUGGGAACUCACACCCAAGGUUCGCCUCUCUGUGCUGCGUUACAACGCCCCUCCCAUCUCCUUUCGUGCAGAGGACGAUUACCCACCCAGCCGGGUCCAGUACAAGACUUUCUAUCUGAACAGCUCUGAAGGAAAGCUGCAAGACAAGGCUCCUGCAACAGAUGCGGUCACUUCCUACCAAUCGGACUCAUGGAAGGACGACGGUGCGCACUUCACCAUCACGUUUGACAGAUACACCGAACUCUGUGGCUUCUCUAGAGCCAAACUUUUUGUUUCCUGCCAAGACUUUGACGACAUGGAUGUCUAUCUCGUCAUCCGCAAAAUAGACAGAGACGGCAAGGCUCUACUGAACUACAACAUCCCGUCCAUUCAUCAGAAGCUAGGCCAGAAGCCAGAAGACAUCCCAGACGAGAAUAUCUACAAGUACGUUGGGCCAAGCGGCCGGCUGCGGGCAUCGAAACGUAUAACUGCCGAGGAGCCAGGUUUGACGGACGAGAUGCGGGCGAGGAAGGAUCCUACCGAGCUUUGGUACCCACACUACGAGUCGCAAAAGGUGGUUCCAGGUGAUGUUGUCGAGCUGGAUAUUGCCAUUUGGCCGGGUGGGAUUGUGUUCGAGGAGGGCGAAUCUUUGCGGUUCGAGAUCAAGGGCCAUGACCCGAUUUUGCCGGAAUACCCGCCUCUGUUCGAGAGUUUGGAGAAUUUGAACGUCGGUAAGCACAAUAUUCAUUGUGGGCCAUCCUUCCCUAGCUACGUCAUGCUCCCUUUGAUCACCUACUAG